AUGUUUGUCGAAAUAGUCGACGCAUUCUCCGAACACUUGCUAAUCGAUGAGAAUUUCCGAGUUGUGCAAAUUUGUAGCAUGUUCGCUCCACCGCAAGACGACAGAUUUCUAGCGGCAAAUCCCAGGAAUUUGAAUUUGACAUCAUCAACUUUGUCGUUGGCAGUGAAUCAGGAGAAACCUUUGCCAAUUCUUCAACACCUGUUUUGGGGCGAUAUGACGUCAUCGCAACAAUUUUUGGCUGGAAAUUCGACUGAAAAUCUGGAAAUUGUGCGGACUAGCCCGAGAAAAAGCCGAAAAACUUCACCGCCACAAAAUAGACGAAGAUAUCAUUCCUGCAACUCGCCAGAAAUCCAGAUUUCCCCAAAAUUCACGGAUUUUUUCACUGAAAAUUAUUCGAAUUCAGAGGAAUUCCGAAGUUUACCCAGAUAUAUUCGAGGAGUUUCGAAAUCGCCAAGAAAUUCGAUUUUUGAUCUGGAAAAUCAUAGUUUGCCUAGAUAUAUUCGACAAUUGAAUGAGAAUUUCUCGAGGUUCGCGGGGAAAUUUUAAUUUUCAAAUUUUCAAAAUUUACUUUCAAUUUUCAGCGAGGAUAUUUCCAUUCAAACUACAACUGCGACAAAUUCCGAAUCAUUUUGCAGUGAAAAUUCGAAAUUCGACAUUGAAAAUGAAAAAAUUCGAAUGAUUGAUGAAACUGAUACAGAGACAAUUGAUUCCAGUCGAAUUUUUGAGACAAAAAUCGAUAAGUCUUCCGAGGCAAUUUUGAAGAAACAAGAAGUUAGGCUAACUUUUGAGGAAAAUGGAGAGAAUUUUAAAAAAAAUGGGAAGAUUGGUGAGUUUUUUGGUAUCAAAUUUACCCCAAAAAACCCCCAUUUUUCCAGAAAAACACCAUCAAGAGCCUUCAAAUUCAAAUUCUCACCAAAAAAACCAAAGAAGCGUAAGUUUCCCCCCACUCGCUGAAAAUCCACGUCAUCACAAUUUCAGACAUCAAUAAUUCCAGCAAAUUCCAUCAAUUUCCGACGAUUUUCAGCGUUUCCAGAAGGUAAAAUCAAAAUUUUUCAGUGGGGGACUAGUUUUCGCAGAUGGCCGAGGGCAUUGGUUUUCUAGGCCACCUAGUUGAAAAAUGCGAAAAAUUUUCACAUUUUUCGCCGGAAAUUCAAGUUUUUUACGUGUUUUAGCUGAAAAUCGAGGAAGAUCGGUGAGCCCGAGUGCUUUUGAAUUGUAUCAGACGAGAUCGCUGAGAGGAUUCACCAAAGCGGCUGGUAAGUGUUUUGUUUAAAAGAGGGAAACGGAAAAAUCUUGGAACACAGCCAAAAAUGUGUUCUUUGGUGUUAAAAACAAAAUGUUGUUUAUCAGAUGACCUUGCAUUUCAUAUUGACGCGGUUUUUUUGCAACUUUUUUAUUUGAAAAUAAAUUUUCUUGAGGAAAUUUUAGCCAAUUUUGACAUUAUUCAUAUUUUUGAUCCGAAAAGUUACCCCAAGUCCUACUGAAAACUUAAAAGUUAUCAACCAUUAUCUCGUGGUAAUGAUUUCCGAAUAUUAAUAUCUCGUGGUAUUAAUAUUCAGAUAAGAUCACUUUUGAAGCCGCUAGAAGUUAUCCUAAGUCCUCGUCAAAAUUUUCUUCAGCUCAAAGUAAUCAACCAUUUUCUCGUGGAAAUGGUUUCUAAAUAUUAAUAUCUCGUGGUAUUAAUAUUCAGAUAAGAUAACUCUGAAGCUUCGAAAAUUCAUAUAAUAUCUAGUGAAUAAAAUUUUAAGCCCAAAAAACUCACAAAGUUCCAUCGUUCCCUUGUUGUUCCUCAAUCCAGUUAGACGACUUUCAUUAUUGAUUCCUGAAUAUUUGAAAAAUGUAGAAUUCUGAAUCCAACACGAGUUUCUGCUUUUCUGAAAAUAUGUAUGUUUUUGAAAAAAAAACCCAGAAAAAUCGAGAAAUUAAUGCGAAAUCGGGAAAAUAUAGGAGACAGUUUGUAGUUUGAAUAAAAAGUGAAUAGUUUGCACGUUGUCUAACACUGUGAGAGACGCAGACAUUUUGGUGUGUCAGUUGGCGAAACAAGGGAAAUGUCAUUCACUUCAUUUGGUGACUAUAUAUAUAUGUCAAGUUUGUACCAAAAUAAUGUGUUCUCUUAUCUGGAUAUUAAUACCACGAGAUAUUAAUAUUUAGAAAUCAUUUCCACGAGAAAAUGGUUGGUUGAAAGACUUAAGAUAACUUCUAGCAGCUUCAAAACGUGAUCUUAUCUGAAUAUUAAUACCACGAGAUAUUAAUAUUCGGAAAUCAUUACCACGAGAUAAUGAUUAUUUACUUGAAGUUGCUAUUUUUUAAAUUUUUUUAUUUUCAGGAAAUCGCUCCUCUUCGCGUCAAAACCCUCGGCAAAUCCGUCAAUAUUUCACCGCUCCUCAAAUCCCUCGAAAAUCCAUGGCAAAACCCGAUUCGGUUCUCGUUUACACUGCUGGAAACGCUGAACUCUACCAAGAGAUUCGACAGAAGUUAUCGCAAUUUCUGGCGCCCGACGAGAUCACGGUGUUCAAUGUGACGAUUGAGGCGAUUCGAAAACAACCGUGGAAUGAAAAAUCGACGAUUUGUGUGAUUUUGGCGUCGACAAAUGAGUUGGAUGAUGAAGCUUGGCAGCGGAUUCAGGAUUAUUUUAAUUGUGUGAGUGAUUUUUGGAGGGAAAUUUGAAGAUUUUUGAUUAAAAAAACACCAAUUGUUAGCCAAAAAAUGUUCCGGAAGACUUUGACCCGAAAAGUUUACGCUUCAAAAAUAAUAUUAUCGAAUUUUCAAGCCUAGGCUCAUUGUUUGUUUAAAAAGCACGUUCUAAUUAGUGAAGCUUUUCAAAAGUUAAUUAGUUUAAAACUUUUAAAAUUUGAAGAAUCAUUGAAACACUGUGAAAUGGCUUGGCUUGAAAAUUUGCCAAUGGCUUUUUUAAACCAGGAAACAAACUUUUGAAUUGAAAUUGCACAGUUAGUCAAGUGCUGCUGAAUCGAGAUUACAAACCCAGUGAAUCAAAUUGGUAACCAAAAUUCCUGUUUAUUGCAGUAAAUUGAUAUUCUAUUUUCUAUAAUUGUUUUUGAAACAGUUGAUGAAGUUUAAUCAGCAUAAAUAUACUCAGAAAACUUCCCGUCAGCCGUCAGAAUCCACUUUUAAAUCGAAAAAAACAAGAAGCCUCUUCUAGAAAUUCGAUAUGAUAAUUUAAAAAAAGAUGUUGUUAACAUAAAAAUAGCAACUUCAAGUAAUCAAUCAUUAUCUCGUGGUAAUGAUUUCCGAAUAUUAAUAUCUCGUGGUAUUAAUAUUCAGAUAAGAUCACGUUUUGAAGCUGCUAGAAGUUAUCUUAAGUCUUUCAACCAAUCAUUUUCUCGUGGAAAUGAUUUCUAAAUAUUAAUAUCUCGUGGUAUUAAUAUUCAGAUAAGAGAACACAAUGUUUGGGUACAAACUUGACAUAUAUAUAUAGUCACCAAAUGAAGUGAAUGACGUUUCCCUUGUUUUGCCAACUGACACUCUAACCAUACACCAAAAUGUCUGCGUCUCUCACACUUUUUAUUAAAACUAUUAUAAACUGUUCCCUAGAUGUUUAGAACUGUUAUUGGAAUGAAUUUGAUCAAUCAAUUUUGAUUUUGUUGAAUCGAAGAUCUAGAGAAACAUCGGAAAUCCACUGAUUUGGUUAAAACUUUGAAAUUUGAUUUUUAGAGUGUUCUGAACACAUUUUAACGAUAAAAUAUCAUGUAAAUUCCAAAUUUGUGAAUUUUCUAUGGUAUUACUGGAAAAUAUACGUUUUUCGAACGAUUUCUAGCUUUCUGAACGUUUUUUAAAGGCUUCUACCACAUUUGUUUUUAAAUUUUCAUCAAUUUUCCAUAUUUCAGAACGGAAAAAUCAUUUUUAUUUUGGACACUUUUCAAAAGUCAAAAAAUGUGAAUUUUUACUUCAAAAAUCUUAAAUUAUAUAAAAUUUGAAGAUUUUUGAUGAAAAAACAUUAAUAUUCAGCCAAAAAUGGUCCGGUAGAAUCUGAUUUUAGCCCGGAAAAUUUACGUUUCAAAAAUAUGAGUGUAGAAAGCUAGAAAUCGUUCGAAAAACAUUAUUCGCGAUUUUUCAGUCUUUAGAAAUAAAAUUGAUGAAUAAAUUUUGAUGUUGUUGAAUCGAAGAUCUAGAGAAACAUCGGAAAUCCAGUGAUUUAGCUAAAACUUCGAAAUUUGAUUGAGAAUGCUUAAAAUGAUCUAAUUAGAGUGUUCUGAACACAUUUUAACGAUAAACUAUCAUGAAAAAUCCAGAUUUGUGCACUUCCAUAUUUUCUGGAUGGUCUUACUGGACCCGAGCCUUCUAGGCAAUGAAAUUCUUAGGUUGAGGUCGGAAUCGACAGCUGACAUAUUCUUCUAGACAUGAAAAACAAAAAUUAAUGAUAAUCGAGGCUAAAAAUAUUUUUUUCAAUGAUUUUCUGAAAUUUGUGAAAAUAUCUAAAAAUCGAAAAACAUCAGGAUUUGAGAAGAGAUUCAGUUAUAAGGCCAGUAUAGAAAUUAACUUAAAAAACGUCCCGUCAGAAAAAUUAAAAACAAGAAGCCUUUUCUAGAAAUUUGAUAUGAUAAUUUAAAAAAAUAUGUUUAUAACAUAAAAAUAGCAACUUCAAGUAAUCAAUCAUUAUCUCGUGGUAAUGAUUUCCGAAUAUUAAUAUCUCGUGGUAUUAAUAUUCAGAUAAGAUCACGUUUUGAAGCUGCUAGAAGUUAUCUUAAGUCUUUCAACCAACCAUUUUCUCGUGGAAAUGAUUUCUAAAUAUUAAUAUCUCGUGGUAUUAAUAUCCAGAUAAGAGAACACAUUAUUUUGGUACAAACUUGACAUAUAUAUAUAGUCACCAAAUGAAGUGAAUGACAUUUCCCUUGUUUUGCCAACUGACACUCUAACCACACACAAACUGUCUGCGUCUCUCACACUUUUUUUUAAAACUAUUAUAAACUGUUUCCUAGAUGUUUAGAACUGUUAUUGGAAUGAAAUUGAUGAAUCAAUGUUGAUGUUGUUGAAUCGAAGAUCUAGAGAAACAUCGGAAAUCCAGUGAUUUAGUUAAAACUUUGAAAUUUUAUUUUUAGAGUGUUCUGAACACAUUUUAACGAUAAAUAUCAUGAAAAAUUCUUAUUUGUGCAUUUUCAGAUUUUCUGGAUGUUUUUCGAACGAUUUCCAGCUUUCUGAACAUUUUUCAAGGCUUAUACCACAUUUUUCUUUAAUUUUUCAUUAUAAAACCCAUAUUUCAGAACGGAAAAAUCAUUUUUGUUUUGGACACUUUUCAAAAGUCAAAAAAUGUGAAUUUUCACUUCAAAAAUCUUAAAUUGUAUAAAAUUUGAAGUUUUUUACUUCAAAAAGGACAAAUUUUCAGCCAAAAAUGCUCCGGAAGCAUCUGAUUUUAACCCGGAAAAUUUACGUUUCAAAAAUUAUAUUUUCAAAAAUAUGAGUGUAGAAAGCUAGAAAUCGUUCGAAAACCAUUAUUUCCGAUCUGUCAGUGUUUAGAAAUGAAUUUGAUCAAUCAAUGUUGAUGUUGUUGAAUCAAAGAUCUAGAGAAACACACUGAAAAAAUAAAACAUUUUUCUGUUUCACGUGAAACUGCGGACUCAUUGUUCUGACCGCGUGAAGACACACGACUCCGCCCUCUUUUUUUUUGCAAUUUGCGGCGCACUCUCAAAAUUUCAAUGGAAAAAAGAACGAAAUUUCUUUGACACGUGGAAAAACGUGAAAACGAAACGGGCUUUUUUUCGAGUCUGCAAACACCGGACAGCAGCAAAAAAUGUUCUAUUUUUUUCUAUGUGGAGAAACAUCGGAAAUCCAGUGAUUUAGUUAAAACUUCGAAAUUCGAUUCGGCAAUGGUUCAAAUGAUCUAAUUAGAGUGUUCUGAACACAUUUAAACGACUAAAAUUCAUGAAAAAUUCAGAUCUGUGCAUUUUCAUAUUUUCUGGAUGGUAUUACUGAACCCGAGCCUUCAAGGCAAUGAAAUUCUUAGAUUGAGGUCGGAAUCGACAGCUGACAUGUUCUUCUAGACAUAAAAAACAAAAAUUGAUGAUAAUCAAGGAUAAACAUAUAUUUUUCAAUGAUUUUCCGAAAUUUGUGAAAAUAUCUAAAAACAUCAGUAAUUGGGAAGAGAUGAGUAUAGAAAUUAACUUAGAAAACGUCCCGUCAUAUUCCACUUUUAAAUCGAAAAAAACAAGAAGCUUCUUCUAGAAAUUUGAUAUGAUAAUUUUAAAAAAAGAUGUUGAUAACAUAAAAAUAGCAACUUCAAGUAAUCAAUCAUUAUCUCGUGGUAAUGAUUUCCGAAUAUUAAUAUCUCGUGGUAUUAAUAUUCAGAUAAGAUCACGUUUUGAAGCUGCUAGAAGUUAUCUUAAGUCUUUCAACCAACCAUUUUCUCGUGGAAAUGAUUUCUAAAUAUUAAUAUCUCGUGGUAUUAAUAUCCAGAUAAGAAAACACAAUAUUUGGGUACAAACUUGACAUAUAUAUAUAGUCACCAAAUGAAGUGAAUGACGUUUCCCUUGUUUUGCCAACUGACAUACAAAACCACACACAAACUGUCUGCGUCUCUCACACUUUUUAUCAAAACUUUUAUAAACUGUUCCCUAGAUGUUUAGAACUGUUAUUGGAAUGAAAUUGAUCAAUCAAUUUUGAUGUUGUUGAAUCGAAAGAUCUAGAGAAACAUCGGAAAUCCAGUGAUUUAGUUAAAACUUUGAAAUUUGAUUUUUAGAGUGUUAUGAAGACAUUUUAACGAUAAAAUAUCAUGAAAAAUCCAAAUUUUUGCAUUUUCAGAUGUUUUUCGAACGAUUUCUAGCUUUCUAAGGGUUUUUUUGAAUAUAAAAGGCUUCUAAGUACCGAAUUUCAUAAAUUUUCCAUAUUUCAGAACGGAAAAAUCAUUUUCGUGUGUCAAAAUCAACUUCUGGCCAGUAUAACGCAUUCAACUUCAAAUUCCUCCAAACAAGACCUUUUUCGCUUCGCUUUCGACACAAAAACCAGCAAACUCAAAGAGAACAACAAGGAUUUCGCGAAAUUUCUCGAAAAAAAUCUGAAAUCGCUGAAAAAGCAGCCGAAACACGCGAUCAACGAGACUUAUUGCGCUAAAAAAUCGGGUGCCAAUUUCAGUGUUGUGCUGAAGAAGGACAACGACACUCCGCUGUUUCUGUACAUGCAGAAUUUGGGAUGUUCACAUGCGUCGGUGCUGUUUUCGGAUGCGACGACGCAGGAAUUGUUGGCGCCCAGUGGGUUUUUGGGAGAUUUUUUGGGGGAAAAGCUGAAAAUAUUGUGCUGAAACUGUGAAAAAUAUUGAUUUUCUGGCUUUCUCAACCUGAAAACCAUGAUUUCUAGCUGAAAAUUCUCCUAAAUUCUAAGUUCUUAAAUUUUUAGAAUCGGCUCAUUAAAUAACAAAAAAGAAUUUAAAAUAAAUUUAUUCAUGAAAAGUUUGAAACAGUAAAUUUUUUGAGUAUAAAAAAUUCGAGAUUUUCAAAUUUUAACACCAAAAAGUCCACGUGGCAAAAUUUAGAAAGAUCAAACAAAAUUCCAGAUUCUAAACCUGAAAACCAUGGAUUUUCUACCUGAAAAUGUUCCUGAAUUCUUAUUUUCAGUGGAAAAUUAUCAAAAUAACAAAACAGAAUUUAAAAUAAAUUUAUUUAUGAAAAAUUUGAAACAGUAAAUUUUUUUAAACCUUGAAAAUUGAUAAAAAUUUUGAAUUUUCGACCCAGAAAUCAUGAUUUUCACCCUGAAAAUUCAACAAAACACUUGUUUUUCAGUUUUUUUGUCUGAAAAUCUCCAUUUUUGCAGACAGCAACUUGCUCCGCGAUUCCCUUCAAAGCGUCGGCCUAAAAAUCGCCCAAAACCGCAUUCCCAGCCUAACUCGAGCCGUCAUGACUUCCGAAUUCGCAUCCGAAAUCGAUGAGAUUCCCGGCCUCCGACUUGGCACAAAUAUCGGCUCAAAACCCGAAUUACUAUUAAGGAGAUCGGAAAUUGUGGAAAAAGAAGGGCUCCCCGAGCCAAAUCGGGAAUUUUUACCGAUUGAAAUUGUUGGAAAUCCUUCUGAAAAUUCUGUGAAAAGUUUUGAUUUCAAGGAGUAUUUUAACACUUUGACUUCGAAAAUUGGAGCGGUUUUAGUGUAUUCUGAAGUUAUGACAACUACAAUGGAUGUUUGUGAGAGUUUGAAUAACUCGAUUCCCUCGCAAAAAUCGAUAAUUGUUAUCGCAAAUCGACAAAUUUCGGGGAGAGGAAGAGGCGGGAAUGAAUUUAUAUCUCCAGAAGGCUGUGCACUCUUCACAUUCUCCUUUUUUAUCGAGAAGUCUUCGCGAUUUGCACGAUGUGUCCCGAUUUUACAACAUGUUUUUUGUGUGGCUCUCGUUGAAGCGGCGAAAAAUUUGAGCUUUGCUGAACUGCCGCUGAGAAUCAAAUGGCCAAAUGAUUUGUAUUUCGAGCGAUCGCAUAAAGUUGGAGGAAUGUUGAUUUGUUGUAAAUCGAGGGAUGAUGGAUUUCUGGUGCAGAUUGGUGGGUUUUUUUGGCCUGGGCUGAAAAUUUGGGAUUUUUUGAGACUAAAUAAGCCCAGGUUUGAAAAUUUGGGAUUUUUUGACACCAAACGGGCCUCUAGGCCUGAAAAAUCUUGAUUUUUGAGACCGAAUUCGCCUGGGCUUGAAAUUUCCGGAAUUUUUUGAGACCAAAUGGGCUUGGGCUUGAAAAAUCCUGAUUUUUGACACCAAAUGGGCUUGGGCUUGAAAUUUUUGGGAUUUUUUAGGACUAAAUAGGCCUAGGCUUGAGAUAUUGGGGUUUUUGGACAUCAAAUAGGCUUAGGCCUGAAAAAUCUUGAUUUUUGACACCAAAUGGGCCUGGGCUUGAAAUUUCGCGUUUUUUAGGCCAAAUGGGCCUCUAGGCCUGAAAAAUCCUUAUUUUUUGACACCGAAUGAGGCUAGGCUUGAAAAUUUGGGGGUUUUCUGACACCAAAUGGGCCUAGGAUUGGAAAUUUGGGAUUUUUUAAGACUAAACAAGGCUGGGCCUGAAAAAUCCUGAUUUUUGACUCCAAAUGAGCCUCUAGGCCUGAAAAAUCCUGAUUUUUGACACCAAAUAAUCCUGGGCUUGAAAAAUCUUGAUUUUUGACACCGAAUAAGGCUGGGCUUGAAAAUUUGGGGUUUUUUUGACAUCAAAUGGCCCUCUAGGCUUGAAAAAUCCUGAUUUUUGACUCCAAAUGAGCCUCUAGGCCUGAAAAAUCCUGAUUUUUGACACCAAAUAAUCCUGGGCUUGAAAAAUCUUGAUUUUUGACACCGAAUAAGGCUGGGCUUGAAAAUUUGGGGUUUUUUUGACAUCAAAUGGCCCUCUAGGCUUGAAAAAUCCUGAUUUUUGACUCCAAAUGAGCCUCUAGGCCUGAAAAAUCCUGAUUUUUGACACCAAAUAAUCCUGGGCUUGAAAAAUCUUGAUUUUUGACACCGAAUAAGGCUGGGCUUGAAAAUUUGGGGUUUUUUUGACAUCAAAUGGCCCUCUAGGCUUGAAAAAUCCUGAUUUUUGACACCAGAUGGGCCUGGGCCUGAAAAUUUGGGAUUUUUUUCAGAAUAAAUGAGCCUGGGCCUGAAAAUUUGCGGUUUUUUGACUCCAAAUGGUCCUAGGCUUGAAAAUUUGGGGUUUUUUGAGACCAAAUGAAGCUGGGCUUGAAAAUUCCGGGAUUUUUUAAGACCAAAUGGGCCUAACCUAUAUUUUUCAUUAAAAAUUUGGAGCAUUUUGAGCCCGAAAAUAAUAGCUUUCAAGUAGACUAGGAAAAUCCACGUGGCAAAUUCUUGGCAACUGAAAAUUCCGCGUUUUUUGACACCAAAUUUGAAAAUGUUGAAUUUUUUGUAUUUGAAAAAUUGACUGUUUCAAAUUUUUCAUUUAAAAAAUUGAUUUGAAAUGUUUUUGUUAAUGGUGUAGUUUUUCGAUAAUAAAAACAUUUCACAGUUUCAAAAAAUUUUUGAAUUUUUUUUGGAAAAUACAAUGUAGUUUCAUCAAUUUUUUCAUUCAAAAAGUAAAUUUAGGCUUUUUUUUAGCUACAAAACCUGAAUUUUUGAAUAAAAAUUUAAAUUAAAAAAAAAAAUUGACUGUUUCAAAUUUUUCAUGAAAAAAAUUGAUUUUGAAAUUUUUUUGUUGUCUACAUCAUUUUUUUUCACAAUAAAAAUAUUUCACUGUUUCAAUUUUUUUUGAAAAAUACAAGAUGAUAGAGAGAAUAUGAUUUGGUAGCCAUUUUUGAAACCCAAAAAUUCACUGUUUCAAAAAUUUUAUAAUUGUAUUUUUGUGAAAUGAAAAACAAUGAUAAUUGCUUUUCAUCUUUGUCCUAAAAUUAAAUUCAGUAAAUUUUUUUGCAGGUUGCGGAAUAAAUGUGACCAAUGAAAAACCGACGAUUUGUCUGAAUGAUAUGAUUCCGGCGGAGCUGAAAAGCGGCGAGAAAAAAAUCCAUAUUUCCCGCGAAAAAUUGAUUGCCGAGACGUUGAAUCGAUUUCAAUGUGAGCGGCGCCCAAAAAAUUGAAUUUUUAAAUUUUCAAAAAAAAUUUCCAGGGUAUCUAAAUGACUACGAAACGAAUGGUCCCUCAAAAUUCCGCCAAAAAUACUACGAGUUUUGGCUGCAUUCGCAGCAAGAAAUUCUGCUCGCUGAUUUCAAUGAACGGGUUCAAAUUCGCGGCAUCGAUGAUUACGGUUAUUUGCAAGUUCGCUCCAAGACCAAUCCAGAGAAAGUGAGUGUGUUCCUUUAAAUAACAGUAUCCAAAUUUUAUUAUUUUUUGUUUCCAGAUAUUUUCGAUUGGCGAUGAUGGCAAUACUUUUGAUAUGAUGAAAGGUCUCAUAAGGCAUAAAUUCUAG